GGUACUACUACCACCACCCGACAGCACUCCUUCACAGAGCACAUCACCCCCCACCCAGAACGGUGUUUUGUAGUCGACUUUUCGCGGCCUGCGACUGUCCUGGACAGGAGAGAUACCGCCCCCCCUCAAUACCACUAUUACCCGGUCCACACGAUCAGCUCGCAACAUGCGCCAGCUCCGGCCUGGCGCUCGUGAGUCCGGUCAUGUCCUCUCGUACCUGCUCGCACUGUUAUGCUUUUUCUCCACAAUCUCGUAUGCCAAAGGUGCCGACCACCGAUCCUCAUCGCGUGUCGAGAAUUCGGGCGCAACCGAGCCUCGUGCCCUCGGUACACAACCUCCCAAGGAGCUAGCUGUCGUCACUGCUCGACGCGGCGACGGUGGUAGUAGUAACGAUUAUGUCCCCGGUUAUGGCGGAAUUCGCGCGAGGGGUAGCAUGGUCGGGAGUUAUCUGGGAAAGCACCGGAGCUUGGAUGAUUACGAGGUUGAGGAUUUCGUCCUGAUGUCGACUGUGAACGGCACCCUCAGUGCUCGGGACAGGAAGACGGGCAAGGAGCGAUGGCAGAUCCAUACCGAGGACGCGGCUGUGCAGACUAUCAACCAUCGCGCAAACACGACGGAGCAGGAGGAUGCUAUGACUUGGAUUGUGGAACCGUCGGAGGACGGCGAAUUGUUUUUCUACACGCCCGAAGGCGGAUUGGAGAAGCUAGAGAUAACUGUCAAGGACAUCAUUCAUUCCACUCCUUAUAUGCCCCCCGGCGCCGAUACGGUCUACAACGGCGCGAAGAACACUACGACGUAUGCGAUCAAUGCUAGGACCGGUGUUAUCCAACGGGUGUUCAGCACUGGCGGUGUGUCGGGUGUCGUCAACGACAGGAAAUGCAAGACCACGACGAAGCUAUCGGACAUGGAUGACGAAUGCGAUUCGACAGAGGGUGCCGAUAAGAUCAUCAUGCUCGGAAGAACUGAAUACACCAUCAGGAUUCAACGCUGGUCUACCGCCGAGCUCUUGUGGACUAUCAAAUUUAACGAAUGGAGCCCCAAUAAUAGCGAUCUUGACCUGAGAGCACAAUAUCAACGUCCACUCGAUAAUCGCUAUAUCUACAGCCAGCACGACGGCACGAUUUUUGGCUUCGAUGACGCAGAUUCGACCGGCGUGAGACCUCCGAAGUAUCACGCAAUGCUUGAGUCCCCCGUAGUCCGGAUAUUCGAUGUUGUCCGGCCGCUCUCUAACCCGGCGUCCUACGAUCUUUUAAUCCUCCCACAGCCAUCGAUCCGGACGAAGAAAGAUGAAGAAGCAAGUGAAGGUAAUACCUUUGUGGGGUGCACUCAGAACGGUGGAUGGUAUGCAUUGUCGGAAACCAACUUCCCAUAUGUCACACGACAAGCCUCCGAUGCCGAUUGCUACAAAGAGGGACGUGCGUGGAAGAGUCUACCAAUACCGGAGCGGGAGCAGUCUUUGGUUGGCAUCCACAAGGUGCACUCUAUCAAUCACCAAGAGCAUUACCAGCCGCGGCUUCCGGCACCUCCGCCCAAGGCUCUCGAUGGCAACCAUUCACCGACACCCCCGCAACCGUCCAUCCACACGCUUCCACCCACAAUUACGCACAACUCGGCAACAUUGCUCACAUGCCUCAUCAUGAUACUGGCACUGAUCCCGGUCCUGAUCUACGCUGCUCCGGCAAAUGUUCGCAACUUGGUCAAGGCUAAGACUACUUCGGUUCUGCCGAAAGGAUUUAAGUCGGACCACCCUUGGCUGUUCCCCGAGGAUCAGCCAUUGCUCGAGUCAAUUCCUGAACCAUCGCCACCAAAGGUACAAGAGCCGAUAGAGAUCAUUGAGGUUCCGGAGCCGGUCGAAGUUAAGGCCGAAGUCAAGGUCGUGGAGGAACAGCUAGAGGAACAGAAGCUUGUGGUGGCGGACCAGAAACCUUUAGGGGAAGAAAAGGCUUCCGAAGACGAACAAGCGCCGGAGGAAUUGAAGCCCGUUGAAUUGAAGCCCGAUGAAAGCCCAAUUGCAGAUGCUGUGCAGGGGGACGUGGAAUUGAACGCGGACGGGACAAAGGCAGUCAGGUUCCGAGAGCCCGAAAACGUCGAAGAAGCGAACCCGGGGGUUGUUGCCGUUGCAGAUGAUAAUGUUGAAGUGGAAGCUGUACCGACGACGCCAAGGAAAAAGCCCUAUAAGCGUGGACGACGGGGAGGGAAGAAAAAGUCCAACAAAGAUCAAACAAAUCAGUUGGAUGACGGGGCCAACGGCAAUGGGGGGCCGCUCGAGACUGUGACUGAGAAUGCUGCGGUGGUUAGUAGGGGAGGGCAGGUGACGGUACUUUCGACCGGCAGGGUAGAACCAGAUGCGAGCGGUGGUUACCAUAUUUUGAAUAGUUUGGAGAUUUGGGAGGAUGAGCUGUUAGGUACUGGAAGUCAGGGAACUACAGUCCACCGAGGAUGCUGGGAGGGCAAGGCUGUUGCUGUCAAGCGGAUGCUCACACACCACGUUGAUCUUGCAUCAAGAGAGGUAAAAACUUUACAAGAUGCCGACUUUCAUCCAAACAUCGUUCGGUACUUCUGCCAGCAACAGCAGAACCAGUUCCUUUACAUCGCUCUGGAAUUGUGUGUAGCAUCGGUCUUUGAUGUCGUCACCAAAGUCGAGCAACACCGAGAAUACCACGAUUUGCUGGAUCCCGUCGAUGCGCUGGGGCAGAUGUUGAAUGGCCUGCAUCACUUACACACCCUCAAGAUCGUCCACCGGGACAUCAAGCCGCAGAACAUUCUCGUUGCACCGCCAAAUCCUCGGUCCAAGCGUCCACGAUACUUGAUCUCGGAUUUUGGUCUGUGCAAGAAGUUGCACCAGGAUGAGUACUCGUUCGGUGCUACCACGACACAGAAUGCGGGGACGAUUGGAUGGCGUGCACCUGAACUUCUGACGGACUGUGCCAACUCAUUAGAGGGGUUCUCUCCGAACGAGAACUCAGGGUCAGGGUCGGGCACGGGGACGGAUAUUGUAGUGGAUCACAUGACGAAGCGGAGAGCUACCAGGGCAAUCGAUAUCUUUGCCAUGGGCUGCGUCUUCUACUUUGUGCUCACGCGCGGAUCGCAUCCGUUUGGGCAUCGGUGGGAGCGGGAACUCAACAUUGUUAAAGGGAAUAAGCUGGCUGCGAUCGAGCGUCUUUCGAGAGAUGGCAACCUUGAAGCUUUGGACCUCAUUGGGAACAUGCUCGAACCGGAUCCAAAGAAACGACCGGACACGGCUAGGGUUAGCAUGCAUCCGUACUUUUGGGACGACGAGAAACGAUUGGACUUCCUCUUGGCGAUGUCGGAUCGGUUCGAGCUCGAGAAGGAUAAGGAGAAGAACAGCAAACCGCCGGGGUCAUAUGUGUCCCACUACAUUCCUUUGCUAGAGCAGGGAGCACCCCGUGUGGUCGGUCCGGACUGGUUACAGAAGCUGGAUCCUGCGCUGCGUUUCGAGCUCGUGGGCAACCCCAAGCGGAGGGGGUACGAUGGUUCGAAGAUUUUGGACUUGUUACGAGUCAUUCGGAACAAGAAGCACCAUUUCCUCGACAUGAGUCCGGCAGCACAACAGGCCGUUGGAGAACCGCCGGAAUUAUUCCUUAGGUACUUUAGCAGCAGAUUCGAGCACCUGCUCAUGUACACCUACGAGGUGGUCAUGCGCGCGGAUCUUGACCAGGAGUCACGGUUUAAGAAGUUUUUCACGGCGAACUUUUAGGGUGGUUUUUCUUUCUUCGCAUCUCAUUUCAUCUUCAUUUUUCCUUUGGGAGCUGUUAUCUAUUGCAUGUGGUCUUCCCGUCUCGUCUCGGCUGGCCUUGGACCUUUCGGACGGA